AUGUCAAGCGCUUUGGAUAUGUCCCUUGACGAUAUCAUAAAAAAUAGCAAAAAAUCGGGAUCCGGUAACUUCCGGGGCCGUGACCGAGGCCGAGGCCGAGGCCGCCCUUCCGGAACGGGUCCUGCGCGCCGCUUCCCCAACCGCGGCCCCAAUCGUGCCGCUCCUUAUCCCACCGCUAAGGCCCCAGAAAGUACGUGGCAGCACGACAUGUUUAGGGAUCAAUCGGGUCGGACCUCCUCUUUAGAAGGAAACAAGCUGUACAUUUCCAAUCUAGAUUAUGGAGUCUCUAACGAGGACAUCAAGGAAUUGUUUUCUGAAGUGGGUGAACUGAAAAGGUAUUCAAUCCAUUACGAUAGGAGCGGCAGAUCGAAGGGAACUGCAGAAGUUGUCUUCUCACGACAAGCUGAAGCUGUGGCUGCUGUUAAGAGAUACAACAAUGUUCAGCUUGACGGAAAACCAAUGAAGAUAGAGAUCGUGGGAACAAAUUUUGUUGCUCCUCAUGCACCUAUAACUGCCAAUGCCGCUUUUGGAAAUUCUAAUGGACUUUCUGGACGUGUACGAGGAAGGGGUGGUGCAUUGGGACGACUACGUGGUGGCAGCGGCCGUGGAUUUGCAAGGGGUCGUGGACGUGGAAGGGGCCGCGGUGAAAAGCUUCGUGAGUUUAUAAGUAGGGGUAGGAAGUGGAACUACUAUCUUGUUUUUCUUGGACAAGGAAAAUGCUAUCUGCAAGGAGUGGAGAAUCGAGCUUUCACAGGAACUGCUUGGUGCUCUAGUGUCUAUCAGUUCUUGUGUAAGUUGCAUCUAUUCUGUCCAGUGAAUUCUCAGUUCCCUGAUAGGGUCAUGACUGCUGAUGUAGUUCAUUAUAGUGACUUCUACUGGCCUCUCUGCUUCAUUGAACCUGAUGAUGUUGAAAACAUAGAGGUUUCCAAAGGUCUGUGUUCUGGUUCAGCUACUGCUUGGUCUGGAAUGCAGCAUUACAGGCUUACAGCUAACAUCAAAAAUGCAGAUGUUUCACCCUUGAUGGUAGUUAUGCUUGUGGCAGAUUAUCUUGAGCACCAGAGGGUAAAUCUAACAGCUCUUGAAUUGCAAUUUGAAAACUGCAGUUGCAUCCAGGCAAUGAAGCCUCUGAGCAUUGCUAGUAUGCAACAAUUCCUCACCCCUAAUACCCUUAAAGAAUCCAUUUACUUACGAAAGUCAGAAAAAAAAGUAAGGGAAAUGUCAAGCGCUUUGGAUAUGUCCCUUGACGAUAUCAUAAAAAAUAGCAAAAAAUCCGGAUCCGGUAACUACCGGGGCCGUGGUCGAGGCCGCCCUUCAGGAACCGGUCCUGCUAGGCGCUUCCCCAACCGCUCCGCCAAUCGUGCCUCUCCUUAUCCCGCGGCUAUGGCUCCGGAGAGUACGUGGCAGCACGACAUGUUUAGGGAUCAAUCGGGUCGGACCUCGUUUUUAGAAGGAAGCAAGCUCUACAUUUCCAAUCUAGAUUAUGGAGUCUCUAACGAGGACAUCAAGGAAUUGUUUUCGGAAGUGGGUGAACUGAAAAGGUAUUCAAUCCAUUACGAUAGGAGCGGCAGAUCGAAGGGAACGGCAGAGAUUGUCUUCUCACGACCAGCUGAAGCUGUGGCUGCUGUUGAGAAAUACAACAACGUUCAGCUUGAUGGGAAACUUAUGAAGAUAGAGAUUGUGGGAACAAAUUUUGUUACGCGUGCACCCCCACCUGCUAAUGUUGCUUUUGGAAAUUCUAAUGGAGUUUCUGGACGUAUGCUGUCUUCUGGCAAAAUAUGUUUUAAACUUAUGAUUUUGAUGCUGUCAUUGGUUGCUAAUGCUGUGCAAUUAUGUGUUGUUCCUGCUGAAUUUAUUUCAGCAUUUUUUGGACGAGUUAGGGGUGGUGCACUUGGACGAUUGCGUGGUGGCGGUGGCAGCGGGGGCCGUGGAUUUGGAAGGGGUCAUGGACGUGGAAGGGGCCGUGGUGAAAAGACAAAGAAAUUGCCAUCUCCAAGGAGUGAAGAAUUGAACUUUGGUAGGAACUACUUGAUGCUCUGGUGUCUUAUCGGUUGCCUCUUCAUCAUGAAAUCUGGGAGAUAUGGGAGGUUCUUGUGUAAGUUGCAUCUAUUCUGUCCAGUGAAUUACCAGUUCCCUGAUCGUGUCAUGAUUGCUGACAUAGCUCAUUAUAUUGACUACAACUGGCAUCUCUGCUUCAUUCAACCUGAUGAUGUUGAAAACAUAGAGGUCUUCAAAGCUCUUUGUUUUGGUUCAGCUAUUGCUCGGUCUGGAAUGCAGCAUUACAGGCUUACAGCUAACAUUAAUUUUGACUUUGGUUAUUCAGACAGUUUAUGA